AAUCGCAGCUAAAGUAAUCCUUCUACGCACUCUUCCAUCGUCAAACCCUAACGUUUUCCCCCAUCUCCUCCCUUCAAUCCAUAUCCGAUCACCGUCUUUCUCUCAUGAAAUCCUUCAAAACCUUCCUCGACAGGCCUCAUUCUUCAAUCUCAGAUCACAUGAGGCCGCCGCCACCAGAAUCGUUGAUUUGUUGUUGAUUUUUUUCCUCCUAUACUCAACCCUAAAAUCGUUGUCAAUCGCUCCUUACAAUAGCCUCCACUGCGAUGGCGGGUUCAGUAGAUGAUGUUGGAGGGGGAGUUGAAGCAACUCCGCCGGAUUCAUGGGAAGUUGCCGACUUGGAUGCAACCAUGAGCAGGUUAAUGCUCUCCUCCAAGAGGGAAUGCAACAACUCGUCCCCUAAUUUGACUACUACUUCUCCUUCCCUUCUGGAAUUCACCUCUGCUUCUUCAGCUCCCGCUAGGUCGUCGUCUGGUGGUAUAUUGGAGGACAUGGUGAAUUCUGUUGAUCAGUUCCUUCGUGAAGCGUUGCAAAACCCCAGGGAACGUCUUUCAGUGCUACGGAUGGAGCAGGAUGUGGAGAAGUUCAUUAGAGAUCCUUCACAACAACAAAUGGAGUUCCAACAGCUGCCUACUUCUUAUCUACGAUUAGCAGCGCAUCGUGUGGCUCAGCACUAUUCUCUUCAAUCUGCGGUCUUACUGGACAAUAACCUGCCUGAUGGUUCUGGUUCCAGAAUUAUUGUUCGUAAAACUUCUGAAUGCCGUCUUCCUCUGAUACGUUUGGCUGAUAUCCAUGUAAAUUUACCAACCGAUGACUCUAGCAGCAGUAUUGUCAAAGUUGCAAUCAAACAGAGGCCAAAUAAGAGAUCACAGAUCUUUGGUGGAGCAAAUUCAAAUUCACUGAGGAGCAAUAGCUUGAAAAGCGUCGAGGAAAGAAAAGAAGAAUAUAAUCGGGCACGGGCUAGAAUAUUCUGCUCUGGUUCUAGCUCUGGUGGGGUGUCUGGUGGGAAGCAAGAGAGCGAGCCGAGGAUGCGGGAAGGGUUCCACCAUGGCUCAUUAGGGGCAUCAAGGACAGAAGAAGUUUCUGCUUCAGGAGCGGAUGUGAACGGUGGUAGGGGUUCGGUUGACUCCUUAAUGGGUACGAGUAGAUCGGGUAGAAGUAGGAUGGAGGAGCCAAUUGGUAGGUCUAUGAGUAAUAGCAGAGUGGCUAUUUUUCGGGACCGUGAAGUUGAAAAGAAGGAUCCUGAUUAUGACAGGAGCUAUGACAGGUAUGCACAGAGAUUUGAUCCAGGCUUUGGGUUUAACGGGGGCUCAUAUCCCGUACAACCUAUGUACACACCUGUCUUGAACUACAACACCGAAUUUCCGCAACUUGGUUCAGCGGCUCACCGGCCUCCUUCAUCUAUAUCUGUCGAUCACCAAUCUCACACACUCUCUCAACAUUUACCUAGACCAUGGGUUGCACCAUCUUCACCCGCUACAGGAAUGGGUUACAGACUCCCGGAGUCAAUGGUGACUCCUUUUAGUCCUAACCAUGCUGCCACUGCUCAUUCUGGCUCCUCCACGCUAUACAUGCAGUACCCUUCUCAGCGGUCGGGGAUGGCAUACGUUCAUCCUCAUGAACAGAUUCACCAACAAUUUGCACAGUCUCCACAACAGCAGCAGCAAUCGGAAGGAAGUUUUGGACUGGGGCGGACUUCUCGAUGAGGUGACGGGUUAAGGUAGUGAAUCUCGAUCAUGUACACGUUUUAAAAGAUCCGUUGUUCUACGAUGAGACGUGUGUGUGUGUGUGUGUGUGUUUUUCUGGUAUAGCAAGUAAGGGCCAAGGUAACAAAAUCUCUUCUCAUUUGAUUAUUAUGAGAUAUAUACAAAGUUUAUAUGAUGAUAAUCCAUUGCCAGCCAA